GGUGGGCUCAGCUGGCUCGCUCGCUCGCGAUGGGCCAGCCUGGCGGGGCCGAGUCUGGCUGCCUGGCUGGCAGAGUAAACUCCGUGCACGCACACCUCUCUCUGCAUCGCACUCAUCCUCCUCCUCAUCUCACUCUCGUCUUUCAGACCCCCUGUAGCUGUUUCCUUUCGCAGAGCUCUGUCGCUCUCCAGCUCCUUUACGCCCCCGCACCCGACACUCUUUCACCUUCACUUUCCCCCUUUGUAACUAGUUGUUCGCCAUGAUCCCCGCCCUCCUCCUCGCCGCCCUCCCCAUCGCGGCCGCCGCUCCGUGGGCCCAGCCCGAGGACAGCCCCGUCUACGGCCUGUUCAAGCGCCAGGGCCACACCUACCCCCCUGCGCUCGCCGUUCCCCCCGUCUCGGGCAUCCCCCAGGAGUGGCUCAACAAGCUCAACGCGGUCAAGGACCAGAUCGCCAACAACCCCAUCUCGACCCCCGUCGUGUCCGCCGACAGCAACGCCGUCACCUACCCCAACGGCACCAACCUCGAGGCCUCGGGCAUCUGUGCCUACACCACCGGCUGUACUACCAAGGACGACAUCUGGGCCGGUCCUGACGGCGCGUUCCUGAUCACGUUCGACGACGGACCCGGUGCCGGCACGACCAACCUCUCCGACUUCCUCGAGAGCAAGCAGAUGUCGACGCACGCGACCCACUUCAUGAUUGGUGGCUCGAUUGUCGGCGCCCCCGAGCUCUUCAAGGGCGUCUUCGACCGCGGAGGCCACAUUGCCUCGCACACCUGGUCGCACUCGCGCAUGACCAUCCUCUCCAACGAGCAGAUUGUCGGCGAGCUCGGCUGGACCAUGCAGGCCAUCUCGGACAACACUGGUGGCCGUCUCCCUCUCUUCUGGCGCCCCCCUUACGGCGACCUCGACAACCGUGUCCGCGACGUCGCCAAGAAGGUCUUUGGCCUCGAGACUGUCGUCUGGAACCGUGACUCGAACGACUGGAAGAUUGCCCGUGAGGGCAAGGCCCCCGUCGAGAAGGUCUUUGACGACUGGGCCGCUGGACCCAAGAGCCCCGGCCUCAACGUCCUCAUGCACGAGAUCAACACCGGCACCGUCGACAUCUUCAUCGCCAAAUUCCAGAAGUUUGUCGACGCCGGAUGGAAGGUCCUCAACGUCGCCGAGGCCUUCAACAAGCCCAUGUACUUCAACGCCGCCGACAACAAGGCUCAGGUCACCCCCAUGACCAUUGACCAGCUCGGCGCCCAGGGUGCCGCCCCCGCCAACUCGUCGGCCUCGGCCUCGGCCUCGGGAGGUGCCUCUGCCGGCGCUUCCGCUGGCGCCUCGGGCUCUGCCUCGCACUCGGGCUUUGCCUCGGGCACUGCCGCCCCCACUGCCACCAAGCCCUCGUCGGCCUCGCGCGGCUUUGUCGCCCCCGUCGCGACCAUUGUCGUCGCCGUCCUCGCCGCCGCCCUCAUCUAAGCAGCGGCCUAGGGGGCGUAUGCUACGCAUACAUGCCUUGUACACCCAAACACGACGCAUCUCAGCCUCUUUGGUCUUAAUUUGCUGGACACUGAUUCCCCCCUCCCCCCCGGUGCCAGUUCUGCUUCACCCAGACCAUGGGCAGAUUCGGCUCCUCCCUUAGAACACUUUCCAUACGCAUACUCUUAGCUUGGUGCCCCGAGUCAUCGCGAUGAACAUUCACUCAGCCUCGCGGUUUGUUGUUUUGGGUGGAGGUGUAGUCACUCUUGGCGCUGGUCAUGUGUGUACAAGAGGCUGGAACCGAGUCGCUCCAGGCGGGCUAUCUUCACAUGCCAAGAGGUCCAGCAUUCAGCGUCGGUACCUCGACA